AUGUCUCUACCGCCAACCUCACCCUCUCUGUUUCAUCAACACUUCUUCACCCCCACCGCCACCCACCGCCCCGCGCCGCCCGUCAUGUGCGAGUGGUACCGACGCAACUACGCCUGCGGGCACCACUUCACGGGCGCCUCAGAGUGGUGCUACCGGUACAGCCAGACGCAGAAGCGGUGUAAGGUGGUGGUCACGCAGGUCGACUACGACUCCUCUGUAUGCAAGAGCUGUAUGAAGAAGGGCGUCAAGACCGAGGUGCCCUGGGAGCACAUGAUUGACCGAUCCAAAUUCGAUCCCAACCAGGAAUGA